UGAAAUAUAUUACAUACUGACAUUACCUAGUUCCUGGAUAUGAAAACGUGUGUAAUGUGAAAUGUGAACAUGUAUUCCUUCCAUUCAAGAUUCGUAUAAGCUUUAACGUAACAAAUGAAGCUUAAUUGUAAUUGUUAAUCAAAAUCGUGAAAUAAAUAAUACAGCACUGACACGUUGGCUCAAUAAAUUCUAGUUAAACAUGAUACCGCCAAAGGAUAAACCGUUAUGGUGUGAUAUCGCAUUUCGUAUGUUAAUGAAUACCGUUUCAUAUCCUAUUGAAUACGGUAAAGUUUUAAUACAGAUCGGAUAUGAACCGAUUCCACCAAGACCGACAACUACUUUAUUUGGAAAACCGGCUUUAGCUUUACCUAACAUUUUUCAAUACGUUAUAUACAUAAAAAAUGUGGAUGGGUUUACUGGUUGCUAUCGUGGUCUUAUUCCAAAAUUGUGUGCUUAUACUGUAAGUGCUACAGCUUUUGAAAAGACUUCUAAAUCAAUUAAGUUUAAGGAUGAACCAAGCAAAGAUGAUUUAGAAGAAAGUCAAAAGCGUAAAAAAUGUAUAUAUGAAUUUAUAAGAGACCUGAUUAGUAGAAUGAUUGGAAUUAUAAUUAGUCAUCCAUUAGACGUUAUUGCAUUAAGGAUGAUGGCACAAUUUGUUGGUGGAGAAACAAAAUACAAUGGAUUAUUUAGAUCAUUUGUAGAAGUAUAUAAAGCAAAUGGAAUUAUGGGAUACUAUGCAGGAUUAUUGCCACGCUUGAUUGGAAAUGCUGCUGGAUUAGUGAUAGUCAGUUCAUCUACUUAUGCUAUUGAUAAAUUCAUUAAAAAUGAUCGUGAAUUAAGACCAUAUGCUGUUUCCACUAUAAAGUUUAUAGCAACAACAAUUACAUAUCCAUUUUUAGUGAUUUCACAUUGUAUGGCAGUUAAUAACUGCGGGUUGAUUGCUGGUCUUCCUCCACAAAUGCCAAUUUAUAACAGUUGGUUGGAUUGUUUAUCUCAUCUUUGGUCUACCAACCAGUUAAAGAGAGGAAAUAGUCUCUUAUGGCGUUAUUAUACUGGACCACAAGUGUUAAUUAAUGGGAAGCUAAUACCACUUAACAAAUAUAAUUUCCAUUUGCAAAGUACAACAUAG